CCAUAACCCCUCUAUUUAUACGAGUCGAACAUUGCAAAUUGCGAUUGUCUGUUGUUUCUUGCUAAUGCAAUUAGGGUUUUGCGAUCCUGCAAUUCGCCCUUCCCCCACCGCAACUUCACCGUCGGCGAGAAACAAAGCUCGCAGUCUCGGUUUACAGCACCAUCGGAGAACUUCUGCACACUCCUAAUAUCUCGAAUCCUCUACAAUCCAAAAGAUUAGGAAUUUUUCGGUGCGUAAAAACCCCAUGGCCGCUGAAGAGCCUAGCAAAUUAGAUGAUCCUGAAUUUCAGUGGGGAAAAAAGAAAGGUGUUGGUGGUAAGAAGAAGGAUGUACAAUUUUACUCGUCUUUUACCUAUGAUGGUGUAGAAUACACACUGUAUGACUCUGUGUAUCUCUACAAGGAGGGUGAACCUGAGCCUUAUAUCGGGAAGCUUAUUAAGAUAUGGGAAACUGCUGAUAAGGCAAAGAAAGUGAAGGUUCUGUGGUAUUUCCGUCCGGGUGAGAUUCGGAACUUUCUCGAAGGAUGCGAGGUUGGCGGGAACGAGCUGUUCUUGGCGUGUGGAGAUGGAGUAGGGCUUGCAAAUCUAAAUCCACUGGAAGCUAUUGUUGGCAAAUGCAAUGUUCUUUGCAUUUUGAAGGAUAGCAGGAAUCCACAGCCAUCAAAUGAAGAACUACAUCUGGCUGAAUUUGUAUUCUAUCGAUUCUUUGAUGUAGGGCAGAGAAAAGUAUUGGAUAAGAUAGAUGAUAUGAUUGCUGGAGUUGAAGUUAAACAUAUUUUUAACAAUUUAGAUAGACAAAAGCCUAUUGGUAAUGCAAAACUUGGGUUAGACAAGCCAGGAAUUAGUGGGAACAUUCUGAAUGAUAAAUCAAAUGACAAGUCUUUGAACACAUUCGAUAGGGAAAAUGAUGUUUCCAAGCCUUUGUUGGGCGGAAAAUCUAACCCGUUUAUAAAGGAAGAAAAUGAUACUAAUGAGGCUUUCCAAACGAUUGCUAAUGACGAGAUCAAGCCAAAACCUAAUGUUCAAAAAAAUGGCUUUUCAAAGUUGAAGCAAAACUCAUCACUUGAAAUACGGGACAAUUCUACGGGUGGUGUCAUCUCAGGGGAAGAAGCUAAGACAAUCUCAAUUGAGAAAAUGAUUCCAAGGGCAAAGGUUGAUUCAGAAAAGGGUGCAUUGAAGCUUGUUAAGGGUAUUACUGGACAAUCUAAGAAGGGAUUGGCGGAGGAUGUUGCUCCGCGAAAGGGAAAAAACGAUGUUUUGGGCGAAGUUUCAAAAACAAAGAUGGAGGAUAAUGUGCCAAAUGGCAAUGAUGUGAAUAUAGCUUUGACUUCGAAGGAGAAAUAUAGACUACAACGAGCAAAUGAUUGUUGUGAUGUUGAGGAUGGCCCUUCCAAGAAGUUAAAGAUAGAUGCUAAACUCUCAAAGCCUGAUAGUGACAAGUUCCGUGAAGAAUCUCCUGGAAUUACUCCAACGGUGGAAGCCAAUCUAGAUCACCAUCCAACAAAAGUUAUUCGAAGACCCAAUAUUGAUGAUGAGCCUCGCAAGAAGUUAAAGACAAAUGAGAAAAACUCAAAAACCUCCAAUGACAAGUUUCAAAAAGAAUCUCCUAGAGUUACUCCAACUGUGGAACCCAACGUAGAUUGCGAUGCAGAAGAAGUGAAUCAAAGGCCUUAUGUUGAGGAUGGCCCUUCCAAGAAUUUAAAGACAACUGAGAAACUCCCAAAACCCCCAAGCGACAAGUUUCAAAAAGAAUCUCCCGGAGUUACUCCAAGGCCGUAUGUUGAGGUUGGCCCUUCCAAGAAGUUAAAGACAACUGAGAAACUCUCAAAACCCCCAAGUGACAAGUUUCAAAAAGAAUCUCCCGGAGUUACUCCAAGGCCGUAUGUUGAGGAUGGCCCUUCCAAGAAGUUAAAGACUACUGAGAAACUCUCAAAACCCCCAAGCGACAAGUUUCGAAAGGAAUCUCCCAGAGUUUCUCCAUCUGAGGAACCCAAGUUGGAUUGCAAUGUAGCCGAAGUGACUAGAAGACCCGAUGUUGAUAGGAGCAAGUGGUUUAAGGAAAUUCCUUGGGAAGAAAGAAUGAAAACUGCUCAUGAACGAGGAAAACUUGUGCUACUUGAAAAUUUGGAUCCAUCUUUAACAUCAGAACAAGUACAAGAUAUCAUUUUUCAAGGCUUUAAAGAAAGUUGCACUGCACACAUGAUCCAGAAAACCGCGUGUGCUAGCCCUCAUUCUGGUCAAGCUUUUGUUAUAUUUAAAAAAAAGGAAACAGCAGAUAUGGUUGUUAAAAAAUUACAGGAGGAUUCUCUAUUAAUGUCAAAUGGCUGCCCACUUGUUGGAAGCAUUGGGCGUCCUUGCUUUCCAGGGAAGAAGCCAGCAUUUUAUGGUCAUUAUUUUCUAGAUCAAAGUCGAAUGCUGCAACAACGUGAAAUGAAAAAUGCUGUAUCUACUUCACAUUGCUCACAGCCCAACAAUAUUGAAUAUGAUAUGGCUAUGGAUUGGUGCUUACUACAAAAAAGAGCAGAAAAAGCAUGGUCAAUAUUAUAUCAGGUAUAUACGUUCAGGUUAAUGCCUGAAAUCAUCUUCAUUUAUGCCUUUUGUAUUGUAUAUUGAUCGUUUAUUGUCAUGUUUUUAUUCCAUAAGCAUCAAGGUGAUGAAUUGAGGAAGCUGAAAGCCAAGCUGAAAACUAAAAUCUAAAUGUCCUGGAAUAUCUUUUGUUGUUUUCUCGUUUGCGGAGUAUCGCAACAAGGAUGAGAGCAUUUCAUUCGGCAACGAAAUUAUUUUGGUAGAUCUUAAAUUAUGGUCUCAAGAUCCUUAUGGAAUCAAUCAUUUUUGGCAUCUGAAACAGCUUCGUUGAGGCAGUGGCAUGCAGUUCAGCAGUUGUGAAUAUUAUUUUCUUGGAGUUCGGCUCCGGAACCAAGUCAAAGAACAGUUGUUCCGCCUUCUAUUGCGACUCCAAGCAAGCUGAUAGAUUUUUUGCAAGUUUAGAUCGUCUUGAAGUAAGGAAAUUUAAGUUUGUUAAGUGAUCAAGUGAGGGGAUAAUACUAUCGGAUUGAUAACAUACCAUCAUAAAUGGAUCUCUCACCAAAUGAUUCGUUAGUUAUCCCUUUAUAAAUAGCUAGGGUUUAGUUCAGUUACAAUCUGUCAAUUUUCCUGUGUUCUCUCACUUGUCAUCUGUGUGUAGAUUUGGCAUUUAUAUUUGAAGAUACAAACUGUUGGCAUUUUGCCAGUUAAUUAAUUCAGGGGACCUACAAGUCUCAGCCACAACCCAAUUGUCACCAUACAUUUUAUUGGGUAAUGCUAUGAGGAAAGUUUUGGUGAAGAGUGAAGAUUGUAUUUUUUGGGAUAAAA